AAGCGCCUUAGUGCGUCUCAGAUCAUGUUGGCUUUUAACGUGUACUAUUGGGUAUUUACGCUUUAUUGUGUAUUGACACGAUUGGUCUUGAAACAGGACUUGUGUGUUCAGUACUAUUUUUCCUGGAACUAAUGGAACAGUUCUGAGAAUGUAAAACGUGGGAGAGAAUUUUUCAGCUCAAACCAUUAUAACGAAAUGGAGAACCUUGACAACAUAACGUGUGAAGAGAAAUUGAUAAGAGAAUUAGCUGACCAACCUAAUGUGGAUAAUGAAGAAGUGUGUCUAAAACCGGUCAGGAAUGGACCCCAACUCCGAUUACAAACCGGAGAACCUAUAACCGAGAAUCCAAGUGCUUCCGAAGGCACCAGCAAUUUGGUCGGACACACGGAGGCUGCCGACUCUUCAGUCAGCUUUGACGAAUCAAAGCAGAUAGAAAAACAGUUACAUCCAUUUUCUCGCAUUGCUUUUAUUGGCAGCGUCUUGUCUGUGGGAUUAUUUGUGUUUGAUGUCUUUACGGACAUUUGGACAGCCAAAGUCUAUUACGACAAUGGAAUGACAUUUGAGUGCAUUUUGACGGUAUCUGUUGUUGUUGCUGCAUUUUUAGUAACUGGAAUCAUAAAUGCGAUCUGGCUUAGGGAUAAAACUUCUGAGAAACAUCCCCCACGACCUUUCAUUUUAUUGAUUCUGACGUUUCCAUUCGCUACCAUAGAGAGAACUAUAACAUACAUAUACCAUGGCUGCAGAAGCAAGAAAAGAAAACAAGAAGACAAUAAGGAGGGCUCAAAAGACAAUAAGGAGGACACAAAAGACAAUAAGGAGGACACAAAAGACAAUGAGGAGGACAUUGCCUACCAUUAUGAAGAAAUGAUCAGCAACAAUAUGAAUGCGAGUCUACUAAAAUUGUUUGACGCCUUUAUUGAAUCCGCUCCCCAACUGCUUCUACAGAUCUACCUCAUUCUCAAAGAACAAGAGAAUCUCAAAGACUGUGAAAACAUAUCGAUUCGUAGUCAUACAAUUCGACUGUUAACAGUUCUCGCCUCCUGGAUGUCUGUCGCGUAUUCUGUGACUGAUUUUUAUCCAGCUCAUCGUGUGUUCAAUGGCAAUGAUAUGCACAAAACCAAGAAGAAAAAAGUCUUCGCUGUAAUGGGAUAUUUCCUCUGGAGAGCGUUUGAAAUAGGACCACGAGUAAUUGCAUUGGUAAUGAUUUUUCUCAUGAACGGCAUCAUAUUUGCAAUAACAGUAGCCUUUCAUUGGAUUGUUAUGGUUAUGUGGUCAUUUGUGACGAAAACGAGUCCAUACAAAAAAAAACGUCAUAACGUUAUCUUUAUUUUAUUCGUUGGAUUUGUGCAGAUUUUUUCCUUCAUGAAUGUCAGUCGCCUUAAAUUUCCAGACAAACCCGUUGACUCUUCAUAUCAUACUGAGGAAGUCAAUCUCCUUGAAUCUUCAGAUCAUACUGAGGAAGUCAAUCAUGAUAAAUGCUAUCCCACUGAACCUCGACAUCAUGCCCUUUUAUAUUAUUUGUUUGUUUACACUGAAAAUAUUGCCAUACUUAUUUCAUGGAUGUUGGUUAAAAAUAGCUCCUUUUGUCCGUGGAUUUAUCACUGGUCAAUUCGCAUUGUUUCUAGUGGACUUAUUUUUAAUAUAGUUUUUAUGAUAUCAUAUUAUAAACUCUGUCACCCAACAACGUCCAUUUUUGUUGAACAAAUGUUAUAGAAGAUACGGUAUUUUCUUUUUGCUUCAUUUACCAGAGAGAUUUGUCGUGGUUUUAUGAAUCACUUGAAUUUACUCAGGUGUCGUUUCCUAAGAUAUAAGUUUAAGGUAUUGAAGUGAAAAUUUUUAUUCAUAA